UCAAACUGCAUUUUCCCAUCCAGAGGGAGCGGGCACACUUUAAAUAUAUUAAAUUGAUAUAGACAUCUUUGAGUGAACUUCGAGUAAAAUUCAAGUAUCUUGAGGCCGGGCUGAGUGUCCUCUUUUUUGGAAAUCAAAAUAUGGUCACCCUAUCUAAUCUCACAGGCAUUCAAGAUAUUUGUUGCUCAAUUAAAAGUUUGGGCUAUGAGUAUUAAAUUGUUCUUGCAUAUAUGAAAUUAUGAACACGUUUGUGAAUCAUGUAAACAUUGGGUACACACCCCUUACAUUUCCGCUGGUAUUUAUAUCUUUUCAUGGGACCACACUGAAGAUAUAUCUCUUACACAAGUAAAAGUAGUCAGUAUACAGCUUAUAUAGCAGCGUAAAUUUAUUAUUCCCUCAAAAUAACUCAAAAUGCAGCCAUUAUUAGUACUAGUAUUAUUUAGUAUGAAUAAACAUUCCCCGGGGGAAAAAAUUAAACGUAUCACAUAUCCAAACUGUCGUAAAAAAAAGUCGCAAAUCAACGCAUUACACGGUUCGCAUGUGCAUGUACUACGCAUGCGCUACUAACAUACUGUCGGUAUGUUCGUUUUACUUAAGGCAUUUUAAUUUCUUGUAUGAUGCAUAUUAGGUGUGAUGUACAUGUAUGAUGUAUAUUAGAUGUCGUAAAUGACACCUGAAUAAAAACGAACGGAAAUCAUUUAUGUAAAAUAAAUAAAUAAAAAACAACGCACAUGUUGUUCGGCUACAUGAACACAAGGGGCAGCAGUGACUUGCAGGAGAAACUACGAAGAAGCGUUUUAUUCUUCCCGGCGUGUUUUCAAAGGAGGCAAAAUCAAACGUAGAAAUUCCUUUUAUCAAACCCCUUUUAUCCCUUUAUAGUGUUGGUUUAGGUUACCGGACCGCAUGUAAGACGUACCAUACCUGGACAUAUUUUCGGGAAGGACAAAGUUAUAGAAAUAUUGAUUAUGGAGGAAGAUAUGAUCGAAGUAACCAAAGAUGAGCUCUCGAUUUGGAUUUCGGAGAUUGUGAAGAAUAGGAUUGUGAUUUCACCUGGCGUACUGGAGCAAUGCAAUGUUUUGAUGUCUCUACUGGAAAAAUGGAAGAACCAAGUUGACCGACUGCUGAAACUCAAAAACGCUGUGGCAGCAUAUGAGACCAUUGUGAAGAAACAAUACGCUUUACUGGGUUGGGAAUACAGUGACAUCGAUUCUGAGGAGGAUGCCUUCGAAAUCAUAAGUGAUGGAACACCCAUUUCUUCGCCACACAUUUCUGAAGUUCCAGGAACACCCAUUUCUUCGCCACACAUUUCUGAAGUUCCAGGAACACCCAUUUCUUCGCCACACAUUUCGGAAGUUCCAGGAACACCCAUUUCAUCGCCACACAUUUCUGAAGGAGAGGUUUGCAAUUGUCAAUCAGCAAGUGGCGAUUCAAUUCCAACUGAGGAUUCCAAUAACACCCACAGCCAAGUUGUUUCAUUAAAACAGCCAAAGCUGGUCUUGAAUAAACUUUCUGGGCGCCAACUUCACAAUCUACGUAGAAAACGUCCUGCGAAUCGUGAUGGCGAUCGACCUCAAACGAGUCGCGACAAUCACGACAUUGAUAAUGAAAAUUGUUCCGAGCGUCACGACAGCAACAGUGGCAGCGAUACCGAUUUUGUGCCGCCGCCACCAUCAAAGAAAAAAUGUCGUCUGUCUAGAAAAUGGUUGACGGAUAUUCCAGCGAGCAAAAAAUCCAACCCACCGGCGGACGCGAAGACGAAGAAAGCAAAAACAUCAAAACUCAAGACCGGCCCAAAACCAAAUGACAGUGUGAGAAGCAUAAAGAUUACGGAUACGCGACCAACCUUACCUGAAACAAAUCGAGCACAAAAUAAGACUAUUGGAAGCACCAAGACAUCCUCAUGUGUCGCAGAUCCAAAAAGAAAUGAGACUGCGUGCAAGUCAAAGGAAACAAGAUCAAAGGAUAUAACAGCGCCGUCUUCAGUAUGCAUAAUAUCGUCAUGCGCGCAGACAACAGACAUGUCAUCGAAGGAACCCUCUGAAGUGUUUCACGGUGAGAUUUUAGUCAAUAUGAAGGUCUUUGCCAAGAAGGGGACGAUGUGUUGGACGCACGGAAGGGUGAAGAAAAUGGUCAAAACGGACGGUGUGCUGAAAUAUACAGUCCUGUUCAGAGACAACACUGACUGCUCGCUCCACGCACACCACUUGGCCUACAGGCAUACUUUCAAGUUGGAAAACAUGUAUGUCGGCGCUCGUGUGGUGGUCGGACAAAAAACCGACAGUGUUUUCCGCCCCGCCAUUGUGGCGGAGCUCCCGACCAGAAAGAACCACCAGAGGUUCCUGGUCUUUUUUGACGACGAGACGGCGGCAUAUGUUGGUUUACUUGCUCUUCACCUGGUGUGCAAACCCAUGGCAAAUCCGACAAACGACAUCGAGAACGUUUCCCACAGGAAAUUUGUGCAGGCAUAUCUAAAGGUCUGGCCUUGCCCUCCCAUUGCCCAGUGCAAGAUUGGACAAAGUCUUCACGUGGAGCGCGACGGCGUUCAGACUAAGUGCGUGGUCCAGAUGCUCGACUGUACCCGGAUGCAGAUCGUCUUUGUGGAAAGUCAAGAGAAGGAGUGGAUCUACUGUGGCUCGUGGCGCUUGGAACACAUGGCUAAAACGAAGCAGAUGCUUUUGAGCUCUUAAUAUUGGUGGACUAAAUUGCAAUAGGACCUAAGUUGGCAAUGUUCCACUGACAGCAGUACUUGAGUGGCUAAAGAAAUGGAUUAUUUCAGUUGCCUACCAGAGAUGCGUGUUUUUAAGGAUGUGCAAUGGAGCAUUGUUGGGCAUUCUGGUAAAAGUAAAUGGAGUCUCCAUGAAUGCAAAGAUGUUCUGUUUGAAAGAAGUUGAAAUUGGAGAGGAGUUACGGGCUAGUUUGAUGGCCCUUUUAUAACCGCGAGCACAUGAGUGAGGAAAGGAUAUUGUGGCUUUGCAAAAGGAUCAUAAUGUGUCAACUCCUAUGCUGCUGUCAUGCUAUUUUACUUGAUAAUUGUUUUAUUUUGCAACAGUGCCGAGAACGAAAAGUGGUAUUUGCCAUGUGGCAAAAUUGAUUUUUUUUUUUUUUUUGAAAAUUGAUUUUGCCAUGUGGCUUUUUUUGACAAGUGGCAUU